CAUUAGCUGUCAUAUAAAACACCUGUAACAGGGAGCAAAUGUCGUAAGUCGUAACGUGGAACCGCUCUCACCUGCAGCCGAGCCCCAUGCCACUGAACGUCGGCGACACCGGCUACGGCAGCGUGGCCGACCCGGGCCUCUCGGCCAGCGGGGCCGCCGGCUCCUCGGAGACGGCCGCUCUGCUGGAAUUAGCGGGGGAGGAUGAACAGGAGUGGCGGCCCAUGAGCAAGGAGGCGUUGGAGGAGUCAGCGGGCGGGCCCGGUUGGAGGAAGCUCCGCUGCUACCUGGUAGCGCUCUUCUGGCUGGCGUGGGCAGCCACGCUGGCCACCGCCGUGGCCGUCAUCGUCACCAGCUCCCGGCCGGCGGCGACACCGCUGGUUUGGUGGCAGCAGUCGCUCUUUUUACAGCUACAGCCUGACCUCCUCAACGAGACGCCACCUGAGGGCUUACGUGCCUUAGACGCGCUGUGUGACCGGCUGCCGUACUUCAAGUCUUUGGGUAUCAGCGCUCUCAUCCUGAGGGGCUUGUUGGACCCGUUCAACGCCACUGAGAGCGGGCCGCACAUCCGGCGUCUGCUCGGCCAAAGCGACAGAGCGGGCCUCAAAAUGGUUCUGGAUGUGUGCGGCGUGCAGCUGUUUGGGACCCGUGAAGGCGAGAAUGAAGAAGCCUCGAAUGCCACACAGGACGCACUUCGCUUCUGGUUGGGUCAGGGUGUGGCGGGAUUUUUGAUUUGUGACACAGAUGCAGCCUAUACAGAAAAGUCUCUGAUGCUAUGGAGAAGUGUUUUGGAGGAGUUCAAUAAAGAGGAUGAACAAAGGAUUGUUGUGGUCAAACAGACGCGAGAGCUCAUCCCGCCGCUGAGAGUCUCCGGCCGGCGCCUCAACAUCACCUUGGUGGACGUGGUCCUGAGGUCCGUGCUGCCUGACUCUCCCCGCCCUCUUUCGGCCCACCAGGUGGCCGGCGCCAUCGAGACUCACCUGCAGAUGGCCGCGGACACGUGGCUCGGGUGGACGGUUGGAGGAAAAGCGCCGUAUGACUUGAGGAGACUGUUGCUGGUGCUGCUCAUGACGCUGCCGGGGACGCCCGUGGUUCAGUAUGACCAAGUGGAGCCCGCACAGGGAGGAAAUGGCAGCGACUCAUCUGACUUGACAGAAAAGUUCAAAUUGAAGCAUUCCAUAGUGGCCCUCUUCAGCUCCCUGAGUCACAACAGAGCACGUGAAGAAGCCCUCCUCUCCGGAAGUUUCACUUUCCUCCCCUUCAAUGACUCCUCCAACGCCACGUUGUCCUCGCCGUCGUCGCCGCCCACGCUGGCCUUCCUUCGCUCGUGGGGUUGUGUCCAUUUCCUGGUGCUGCUCAACGCCGCGUCCGAGCCCCACAGCCUGGAUCCCGCCUGGGGUGUCAGCCUGCCCGAGGCCGGCGUCUUCGUGGCCAGCACGGCCAUGGAUCGCCUGGGCGCCGUCGCACUCCACACGCUGGUGCUGCGGCCCCGUGAAGCCGUGGUGGUCAAACUUUUUGAACCGGGGAACUACUCAUAAUGUCCAUGUACAGUCAACAUGACUUUUUUUUUUUAAUUAUUAAUAUAGUCAACAUGAUGAGUGCUAUUGUGUCAGAGAAAUAAAAAGAAUUACAUCUCCA